AACCACACGGCCGUGUUGAGAAGGUAACCAACCCCGGGCUUCAGCGCAGAUGGACGGAGACAAUUCAACCACUGACGCCUCCCAGUUGGGCAUCACUGGAGAGUACAUGGCUGGAGGUCACUAUGUUCUUCAGGCACAUGAUGAUGAGGGAGAAGAGGGGCUCAAUGACCAUGAAGAUGGUAAUGGAAGUAAAGACAACUUUCGAGAGCAAGACAUCUACCUCCCCAUUGCUAACGUAGCUCGUAUCAUGAAGAAUGCAAUCCCUCAAACUGGAAAGAUUGCAAAAGAUGCCAAAGAGUGUGUGCAGGAGUGUGUGAGUGAGUUCAUUAGCUUCAUUACCUCAGAGGCCAGCGAGCGAUGUCACCAGGAGAAAAGGAAGACCAUCAACGGGGAGGACAUCCUGUUUGCCAUGUCCACACUCGGGUUUGACAUGUAUGUGGAGCCCCUCAAACUGUAUCUGCAGAAAUUCAGAGAGGCGAUGAAGGGUGAGAAGGGCCUUGGUCCCGUGCCUGUGUCAGAGGGACUGGGAGAAGAGCUAACAGACGACUCCUUCACAAACCAGCUGCCUGCAGGCAUCAUCACAGCUGAUGGACAACAGCAGAACGUCAUGGUGUACACCACCACCUCCUACCAGCAGAUCCCAGGUGUUCAACAGAUCCAGUUCUCCUGACAAGGUUUAGCUCGUCCUCACAACCAGGGUCAUGGUCGUCAGGCCAACACAGAAUCAAACUGCUGCACUUUGAACCUGAGUCAAAGGUCUCAACUUGUUUUGGUAUGGUUCUGGAAGGUAUCAAGCGAGUCAAUGGUAGAACUACUUGAAUGUUUGCUGUCAUUGGUCGAGAAUCUAAGAUGUGAGGAACUGAAGUCUGUAUAUGUUUUGUGUGACAUUUUUUUUAAGUAUUUGUGAGAUUUAUUUUGUGCAUCAUUUGUUUGGAGUUUUAUCCAAGUUUGGGGGGUGUAAAUGCUCUGGACAGUGGAGGCAGUUUGUCUGAGGAAUGCUUGCACUCUCUCUGUGUAAAGCAAUAAAAGCUGGAACAAAUGUGAAUCCACUUUCUGUAAAAAAAACAACAACAGUGGGUGGGCUCCUUUUUUCUUUUUAAUUGAGAG